AACCGUGGAUGGGAGGAAGUGGGGCAAACAUGGGGCGUGGACGAGCAUCGCAAGGUAGAUGUGAGGAUGAAGGCCCGUAUAGUGCUUGUCUCUUCGUUUUAUCUCUUUUUUUCUCUGGGCUGCGUCCGUUCAAAGCCAUCUCACAUUCUCUGGGUUCAAGAUAGACGCAAGACGCAAGGUAGACGAACAAUAUGUCGACGCAUCCGACGCACCCAGCACCCCAGCUCACAGAAGACGAGCGCACCGCCGAGCAUACCUUCGAUCCUACGGGGGCCGCACUCAUAGAAGGGAUCGCACAUUCAGAAUAUGGCUCGCAGCUAGUGCUCGAAGCGUCGCGUUCGCCCUCUCCCACCCCAGUCCCUAGUCGCGCUCCUGGGAGAGUCGAGGGAGCCGAGGGCGAGGAGGUCGGUGUGGUAAAGGAGGUCGGUGCGGUAAAGGAGGUCGGUGCGGUAAAGGAGGUCGGUACCGUAAAGGAGGUUGACCUCGAGAAGGCGGAACAACAUGUUCCUGUACCUAAGAAAUUAGACUGGGACUCGCCUACAGACCCGGACAAUCCGCGCAACUGGACGAUCGUCGUGAAAUGGAUGUCGGCAGGCAUCACUUCCUACUACACGUUCGUUGCGCCGCUGGCGAGUAGCAUGCUGGCUCCCGGGCUUCCCAUUCUGGGAGAGGACUACGGCGACGACAGCCCGACGUUGAUCGGGCUGAGCUUGAGUAUCUACGUGCUCGCCUUCGCAGUCGGACCGCUGUUCCUCGCACCUUUGAGCGAGAUGUACGGCCGUCGAUGGGUGUUGCACGGGUCUAACCUGUUCUUCCUUGUCUUCCUGCUUGCUUGUGCCUGGGCACCGAGCAUGUCGUCAUUCAUCGUAUUCCGUUUCUUCGCGGGAUUAGGUGGCAGCGCCCCGCUCGCCAUUGGCGGUGGAGUAAUAGCAGACCUGUUCCAUGAGCGGGAGCGAGCAAGCGCCAUGGCACUGUACACGCUCGGGCCUGUUCUCGGCCCAGUGCUCGGUCCCGUCGCUGGAGGGUUCGUAGUGCAGAGCAUCGGCUUACGGUGGAUCUCCUGGUUGUUGGCUAUCGCAGCCGGGGUUGGGGCUGCACUGGGCUUGCCCUUCCUACGGGAGACGUAUGCGCCUGUGAUCCUCCGACGCAGGUUCGAACGACGCGCCAAGGCAGACCCGUCGCUCGCGCAUACACAUGUGCACAUGAUGGGAGCCGCCAAGAACAGAUGGGAAUUCUUGAGGGAGAGCAUGGUCCGGCCUAUGAAGAUCUUGUUCACGAGCUUGAUAUGCUUCUCCCUCAGUCUGUACAUGGCCGUGCAAUACGGCUUUCUCUAUCUGCUGUUCACCACCUUCCCCGACUUGUACUCAAACGUCUACGGCUGGAGCCCGGGCGUAUCCGGGCUGGCUUACCUCGGGCCCGGCAUCGGUUUCUUCGCAUGUACGAUGCUCGCAGCAGGCUUGAUGGACCGUAUCUACUCCACACUGAGUGACAGGAACAACGGUGUCGGCCUGCCUGAGUACCGGAUUCCCGUCGUCUGGAUCGGCGCUGCCCUAGGGCCCAUCGGCCUGCUGUGGUACGGUUGGGCAGCACAAGCCCACGCCCACUGGAUCCUGCCCAUCAUCGGCAGCGGCCUCUUCUGUUGUGGGAUGAUGCUGACGUAUUUCCCUAUCCAAGUGUACAUCAUCGAUACUUUCCAGUACGCCGCGAGCGCUCUGGCGGCCGCAACGGUGUUCAGGAGCAUAUUCGGGUCCGCGUUCCCCUUGUUUGGUCAACAAAUGUUCGCAGCGCUGGGAGAGGGAGGGGGAAACAGCUUGCUCGCCGGCAUAGGGCUCGUCAUUGGCGUGCCAUUCCCCAUAUGGAUCUGGUUCAAGGGUGCGGAGAUCCGAGCCAGGGCGAAGGGGAAACUGUAA